GGUUUUAGCCAAAGAUACACUUGGUUUUUGUUUAUGUGUGCUAUAUGACACUUGUUUACUUGUAUUUGGUGCCUUAUAGAUUUGCAUUGUAUCGGCUAUGUUUGAUUAAUUGGUUGAACGUUGACUUAAUUCAUGUUAUGUUCGUUGAAUAUAUACGCCUAUUGAUAUGAUAUUGUAUGUUUUAUUACAAAUAGGUCAAAUGGAUGCUCAAGGUCGUGGCUUCCAUCCAGCUGCACAAUGUUUUUGUGGCUACAAACAAAUGGUAGUUAAAUGCGUGGGGAGGAACGCGCUGAAUGUCAGCCGCUACUACUACAAAUGGCCACUCAAUGGCACACAUCUGGAUCACUUCUUUUGGUGUGACGAAUAUCUAUUACAAAGAGGAGCAACUUCAUUUUCUUAUACGCCCCAACGAACUACCUCGUUCCCGCGAACUCAGCCAACUCAAUCCGCUGCAUCUGCAAUCUAGCACUUUUGAUUACCGCGAGCCACAAGUUCCAGAAAAUGCUAGAGCGAUUCGCGAAAAUGAGCAAGAGAGUCAUUUUAUUUUAUUGGCAAUAAUCUUCACCUUGCUUGGUUUUUUCAUGGGGAAGCUUAUGUGAUAUUUGCUCAAAUUUUGUUGUUUGUGGUUGUUGCAUUUUGAAACAUGUUCUUUGUUAUGACAUUAUAUUGGGACUGCCUUUGCCACAAGUUCUUUAUGAUUAUUGUACUUUUUUUGUCAUAUAUUUGUUGUCUAAAAAAUCAUUUGUGAAUUGAUUUUUUUUAACAGAAUUUGAAUUUAAUUAAUUCACCAUAUUUGUGUUUCAUUUGGUAUAUAUUUGAAUUAAAUUGUUGGUAGUUGGAUGAGAUAUGAAUGUAUAAGAAAAGUUCGUAAUUAAUUUUGGAGUCAACUCCUUUUUUGAUAUAUACACAAUGGGAUGAUUAUCUGUGAAAAUCCUAAUCAAUUAGAAGCCUUUGCUUCACAAUAUUUUCUUGCUAAAAGCCUUCAUUCGUGCAUUCCGAAUUAAUUGUCACUGAUGGGAAUAAAUCCCAAGUUAUUUCAUGUUUUAAAAUGGUUCAACCACCACCAAAAUUCCAUAAAUGUGGCACGUCAUUUGAGCUAUUUGACUCCUCUAUAAAUUGUGUAUGGAAAAUGCAAUCCUCACUUAGCACAAUUUCUGUGGCGGCAUAAGACGGAGCAGCUCGUUGCAUCAUGAAGUUCAAUGAAAUACCAGAUCAAUCUUGUUUCUUCUAUAAUAAGCUUUGGAAAAAAGAGAUGGAUCAAAUGCUCCUAAUGAAGAUCCUAACGGUGGAAAAGGAUGUUGGCAUUAUAGUGAUUACUUAAAUUAUUUUUUUACUCUUGCAUAUAUAUUUUCUCACCAACAAAUGCCCACUGAUUUGCAUGAUGGCUCACCCUUCUUUUUUAUUACAUGUUAGACGGCAAUGGUGUUCACAGUCCUCAUGCAAUCCUAAUUGCCACCGCGGACCUCAAUCGGGUGUUUAAAAAAACACUACGCUCCAGUGACAUAAAGGAUAGCCUGGUUGUGCUUAAGGGUCGGUAUGAAACCCUCACAAAACUAAUGAAAAUGCCCGAAACCACUUGGGAUCGAGCUGAGAAUCGCGUGUAUGCGGAUGAUAUAGUUUGCGAGAAGAUCUUUAUGGAGAAUGUGUGGGCUCAAGCUUAUUACCGAGCGGGAGAGCCAGAGUACUAUAGAAUGUGCGCCUUGUUUGGCCGUAAGAACAUCAAGAUCGAGCAUUCGCACGAGGUCAUCAAUAUCAAUUCAUCAAUAAACACUUUUCUACUUUCUGACGAUGACGAAGUUACGUCUCUGGUGGUGAAGGAUAAGGCUCCAAUCCCAGUUAACCGAAAGCUGUUCCAUGAUGAUGCCGAAUCAAGCUACAUCCCUCCCCAUCAGGCGCUUGGAAACGUAAAAUUGCCUUUUCUUGAUCCUAAAAGCCGCUGCAUUUGAGCAUGCCACUGAACAUACUGAGUCAAGUUCUUGCGCCAGUUGUUAUCCACUUAAAUAGAACAUAAGCUUCAUGAUGAAUGGUGUUUUUUGGACAAUUUACUAAGCCUUAUUUGAUUUUGUUUUCUUUUUGAUGUGUUGGUAGUGGCAGGUUGCAUUCGGUUUCAUGGUCCAAUUUAGCACUUGGCUUUGUCUAUGACCAUGUUUUUUAAGUACUGAAUAUUAUGGCGUCAAAUGUUUGUGUUACUGAUUUUAUCAAUUUAUAUGCAAAAGGCUUCUAUAUUGUUUCUCUAUCCAAA